AUCAUCGAUUAGGGUUUAAGGCUCGUUGCUGCUGGUGCAGCCCUCGUUGCGGCUCUUCAGGUCGAGCCUUAAACCCUAGUACAUAGUUUCGGAGGCUUCUCUCAGGCGCCCGUUGGGGUUAUCUCGUUUUACUUGUGAGAACGGCUGUAUAUUUUCUUAGGCUAUUGGUCUCCUUACAGUGAGAGCCCCGUGAUUGAUCUCUGUGGAGGCUUAGGCAGAGAUGGCCCUGGAAGUUAUGAAGGAGUAUUCUGAUGACGAAGUCGACUUGUCAGAGAGCGAGGAGGAGAGUGACGACGAGGAGAAACCCGUGGCAGAGGCGAGAAGAGACGCAAUUUACAACACUGCCGCUCUUCAUGAGAAGCUGGAAGACAUCGGGUGGCCGGAUGGAGUUGAGUGGACUCACUCGCUGACUUUGGAGUAUGAGCACGACGGUCCCGAGAUAGACGUGAAUGAUGACUUGACGCGAGAGAUGUCGUUCUACACGCAGGGGCUUGAAGGCGCUCGGGAAGCGUACCUGAAAUUGCAGGAGUUGGGCAUUCCCUUUCUCAGACCGACGGACUACUAUGCCGAGAUGAUCAAGAGUGACACACACAUGCUGAAAAUUAAGGACAAGCUGCUGUAUCAGAAGAAGCAGAUGGAGGAGGCUGAGGAGCGUCGCAAGCUGCGGGAGGCGAAGAAAUAUGGUAAGGAAGUGCAGGCUGAGAGGCUGAAGGAACGGACGCAGCAGAAGAAGAAAGAUAUCGAGAGUGUUAAGAAAUGGAGGAAGGGUCGAAGUGACUCUGGCUUCGCCGAUGGUGAAGAGCCGUUCGACAUGGACAAUGAGACCAGGCCAUUGAAGAAGCAGAAGAUAAAUGCUUCUCCCUGGGACAGGGCUGGUGGCAAAGGACGCGGUGCAGGUAAUGUUACUAGAGGUGGAAGAGGAGGAAGAGGUGGAAGAGGUGGAGGUCAACGUGGUAGGGAUGCCAGGGAUGCGAAGUUCGGCUAUGGUGGCAGAAAAGGCAUGGCAAAGAGAAAUACCGCAGACUCCACAGCGGACGAAAGUAGCUUUAAGGCCAAUUUUAAGGGGAAAAGCAUGGGAGGUAGAGGAGGCAGAGGCAGAGGUAGAGGUGGUGGCAGAGGCAGAGUUGGGGGUCGGGGAAGAGAUCGGGGUAGGGGUUAGGUCAUAAGUUUUAAGUUUCAGGGACUAGGGUAUUGUUUGACAAAAGCUAGUGUGUUCAAGCUCCAGCAAACAUAUGUUUCUGCAUCGGGAGUUUCAAGGCAGCCCUUCGUGCUUGUGAUAUGGACUAUAUUCUACACAGAUUGCAGGGACUCUACGUUCCUGACUACGGAAUGUGAGUCGUCUGAAGGAGAUGGGGCAGGCAGGUUGUGGUGUAAGCCAGAGGCAAUGCAGCUGAUGAAAUAUGUACGAAAUUUCGGCUUCUAUCUCUGCAACAGUAUCCGUAACCUGGUUAGGUUCGCUUCCUUCUGAGCGGGAUUUCACGCCUUAGCUGUGUUAGUUGUUUCCGCAACCUUAGACAUGACUAUUAUUAUUGGAAACCAAGAGUAGAAUCAAUAUUCUCUUCAUUUAUGGGCAAAGUAAGGAAAUAGCAUGUCGAGAGCAUCUAGUGGAACUUGCAUACCCUGAGAGGAAUUGAGCAUGAAAGUGGUUUGAGUGGUUUUGGGGCAGCAUUGAAUUUGGGAUGCAGUCGAGUUCCAUCUCAAAUUCCCCUUAAUGCAGCUUUUCAAUUACUCGAGGAAGAGAUUAUCUCGAUGGCUGCAUUUUAUCUUCACCAACCAAUUUUGUAAUCAUACGAAGCGGUUUUGAAUCGUUCUCAUCCGUGUUUACUA